AUGGUAAAGCGACCAAUCGCAUAUAGAAGCCGAGACACACCUUCCAGCAAAAAUACUGGCGUUGUGUACCACGGACAUUGGAAUACAUGCACCGGUAAUAUAAAGACACAUACAGCAAAUACGACAAAAUGUAAAUUCAGUAAUACACAGGUUUCACAGCCCAAUCAGGUUACACAGCACAGUCAGGUCACACAGCCCAAUCAGGUUACACAGCACAGUCAUGUCACGCAGCCUAGUCAUGUCACACUGUCCAGUCAGGUUACGGCCCGAUCAGGUUACACGGCCCAAUCAGGUUACACAACCCAGUCAGGUCACACAGUCCAGUCAGGUUACAUAGCCCAGUCAUGUCACACAGCCCAGCCAUGUCACACGGCCCAGUCAUGUCACACAGCCCAGCCAUGUCACACAGCCCAGUCAGGUUACACAGCCAAGUUAGGUUUAAUAGCCCAGUCGGGUCACACAGCCCAGUCAUGUUACACAGCCCAGUCAUGUCACACAGCUCAGUCAGGUUACACAGCCAAGUUAGGUUUAAUAGCCCAGUCAGGUCACACAGCCCAGUCAGGUCACACAGCCCAGUCAGAUUACAAAGCCCAGUCAGGUUACAUAGCCCAGUCAUAUUACACAGCUCAGUCAUAUUACACGAUCCAGUCAGGUUACACGGUCCAGUCAGGUUACACGGCCCAGUCAGGUUACACAACCCAGUCAGGUUACACAGCCAAGUUAGGUUUCAUAGCCCAGGCAGGUUACCCAGCCCAGGCAGGUUACACGGUCAAAUCAGGUUACCCAGGCCAAUCAGGUUACGGCCCAAUCAGGUUACACAGCUCAAUCAGGUUACACAGCCCAGUGAGGUCACACAGCCCAGUGAGGUCACACAGCCCAGUCAGUGCGAUGUAUCAAUAUGUCGAAAGACGAAUGCCACCUAAAAAACGAGCAGCGACCCAGAGAUCCCCGGCCAGGGAGGUCGGGAUGAAACGUAAUCGGCGGACUCCGGAAACGAAGUCCAAAUCACACGGCUACACCUUGGACGGAUCGACUAGCCCCUGCAGAGGGGCAGCCACAGCCCCCUGA